GUGGAUCUGCUAUGACUGGAGUCAGGCGGUGUGUGUGUCGGUGUGUGUGUGCGUGUGUGUGAGGGGGUCAGCUCCGUGUGUCUGUCCCUGGCUAUUGGCCCAGUUGUGGCUGAGGGUGGGGGGGGAGAUUUGUGUCUGAACCCGGAGCUGGCGGUGGAGGGGGGGGAAGAGGAGUCCAGGAACAGGAGUUAACCCAAAAGCCUUCUCGAGGAACCAGUAUCAACCCUUCAAAUCAGUCGGGAAAAGGACGAAGACAUGGACCUUGUGGGAGCUUCGCUCAACGCAGAGGAUUUACUGAGAUCCGUGCUGGUCACUGUUCCCAUUGGGAAAUUGGAGAGGAAUAUGGAAAAGCGAAUCCAGACUUUCUGCAACAAGAACAAGUUGGGAGACGUGGGAAGAGUCCGGAGCGGAGAUCCUGGAUCCUGGGUCAUCACAUUCAAAAAUGAGAAAGCUGCCAAGGAAAUUCUAUCCAUGAAGUCCAUUCGCCUUGAGGAUUACGGGGAUGUGAAGAUAUCCGAUCCUGGACUCACACACCAGGCGACUGUGAGGGACACACAGCAGUCGCUGGACGACAAAAUGGGGAAAUCGCAGGACAACCAGUUGGGCUCCUCCAUGUCUCUACCCAAUCAGGUGCGCAGCGACACUCCCAAUCUCAACCAAGGAGGAGGAACAGCCCUUGAUAAGGGGAUGAGGAUCCAACAAGGCAGAGAUCAAGGUGCAACGGCCGCUGUUGACCAAGACUUCUCUCCAUCUACGCCUGGCAGGCCAGCGGUCAUGGGGGCAACAAGUCCACAAAGAAAAUCCAUGACAUCAAGCUAGACACCAUCUCCCUUCCUCUCCAUCACUACGACUACAUCAGCAAAAUGUACGAGAGAGAAAUACAAGUCAUUUGUGAUAAGUACAAAGUGGAUCUCUGUCCUGAAGUCAAGUUGAGUGUCCGAGCUCAGGGGCACUUUUCAGUAAAAAAGGCACAAGAUGAAUACAGCAAAAUCUUCCAGGAAGUCAUUCCAAAUCUUGAGAAAAGGUCCAUUCCUUUCCCUCCCGAUGUGAAGGACGAGAUGCCUAAAAUCCUGGCCAAGUAUUCAAAACUCAUGGCUGACAAAGUGAAGGAUGGAUAUUCACUGACCGGACCUCGGCAAGAAAUUGACUGUGCUGAGGGGAGGUUUGGAGAGCUGUGCAUAGGUCGGAGCAAGAGAAGAAUUCUGGGAGCAAGUUCCUUGAUGAGGGGUUUGACAUUAACCCUUUUCACUGCCACGUUCUCAGGCUGGAGUUCGCAGCAGAAUUAAUAGACAUCGAGAACAAGUACAAAGUUUUAAUUAACUUUCAUGACAAAGAC